AUGGCCACGGAGUUAUUUCUGAUCAACGUCCUUAUUAUUUCUCUCUUGCCAGAAGGAGGGACAUGUGAAGUGAUAGCAGCACACCGAUGUUGUAACAAGAAUCGCAUUGAGGAACGGUCACAAACAGUCAAGUGUUCCUGUCUACCUGGGAAAGUGGCUGGAACAACAAGAAACAGACCUUCCUGUGUCGAUGCCUCCAUAGUGAUUGGGAAAUGGUGGUGUGAGAUGGAGCCUUGCUUAGAGGGAGAAGAAUGUAAGACACUCCCUGACAAUUCUGGAUGGAUGUGUGCUACAGGCAACAAAAUUAAGACCACAAGAAUUCACCCAAGAACCUAACAGAAGCAUUUGUGAUAGUAAAAAAAAGCAACCCUGUGGAAAACACAUUUUGAAAAUUUAAAACAUCUUACACAUUUACAAGCCAAAUGGAUUUCUUAUUUGCACUUUUACUGGUUACCAGAAAAUCACAGUGCGUUUACUGUGUAUAAUGAGAUAUCCUACAGUGAGAAGACUCAGAGAUUUUGGCAACACCAUGGAAAGUGGGUUUUUAAAAAGGGUUUUCUCAGUGGAAUUUUUUGGGAUCAUGAAGAACGAUCAACUAUCUUCUAAUUUGAAUCUAUAGUUACUUUGUACCAUUUGAAAUAUAUGUAUAUAUAUAAUAUUUUGAAAUAUUAUAUAUUCUCUUCAAGAAAUGAACAGUACCACAGUUUGAGAUGGCUGGUGUACCCCUUUGAGUUUUGGAUGUUUUGUCUGUUUUGUUUGUUUGUAAUUUCUUUUUUUUCUAUCGGCAAGGAAGAUAUGUGCCCUUUUGAAAAUUCAAGAUGGUACUGACACUGGAAAGCCAGCUAGAGGUGGACUCCUGGAAUUCGAGGCAUCAUAAUAAUAUUGAAUCAAGAGCUUCUGUUUCUACCGGAUGGCCCAAGGAAGCGCAUCGUCCUGUUUUAUUGCUUUCUACCCUGUGAAAUAUUAGCAUGCAAGCUUGGCUUACAUAACCAUAUGUUAUAUUCAAUUGAUAUGUAAUAACCGUUCUAACCUCUUCCAGGAAACUAUUUUUAGAACUACUAGCUUUUCCACAUAUAACAAAAUGAGGAUUCUUGAGGGAGCUACUCCACCAUACUAUUAAGACUCUGGCAGAGUUAUGGUAGGAUAUGGAUCCCUGCAUUAGUAAGUCCUGUAAAUACAAUGUCUUAAGGCUUUGUAUAGCUGUCCUAGACUGCAGAAAUGUCCUCUGAUUAAAUCCAAAGUCUGGCAUCAUUGACUACAUAGUGCUGUAGCAACAAGUCUUAUCAUGGCACCUCUUUCUAUGUUUGAUUUGCUUUUUCCAAGAGUAUUUAGAUCUCCUCUGGUGAGAUAGGAAGGCUACGAAAGCAAUUAGAUUUCAGAAUGAUCUACGUGACCAAAUGUUGGACAGCCCUAUUAAAGUGGUAAAUAACUUCUUUCUAAACCUA